GUUUUAAACCCCGUCCCCUGCUUCUCGACUUCUUCCCCUAUUCUCCAGAGCAACGAACCUGAUCUCCCUCGCUGGGAGCGAUGGCAGAAAUCGCCUCACCGGCAGCAUCUGCUGCAGGAAUCGCGGCGGAAACCUGAUCUUCUUCGCCGCGAUGAUCUCAAGGACGCCUUUUUCUUGAGCUGUCGUCGUGAUCAUUUCGAAUUAGGAAAACGAAAGGGGAAAGGGCGUACCCUUGUGCCCGUCGGGAGAGCUGAUGCACCUUUAAUUGCAGCGAAAGCAGCACUCUUUAAUGACUUGGUGACGGCGAUCGAUUACUGUCCUUUGCUUUCCAUUCGGGAAAUUUUUGGGUGUCGGUUUUGUUUGGCGAUAUCAGCUGUGUUGUUGUCUUGCUUGGUGGUUUGUAGCUUUGGGGUUUGAUCUCGAUUUCGUGGACUUUUCUAGCUCGAUUUGGCGUUUUUUGGUCGGGAUUUGAGUGUUGUUGGAAGAUGGAUGAGUGGUGAUUGGCUUGCGGUUUGGAGGGAGAGGAAAGGUGGGGUUUUGAUCUCCGGCGCGAUGCCGUUCCAGAUGAAGGUCCAGCCGAUCGACGCGAAAGGAUCGUUUAGGAUCGACGCAGCGAAGCCCGCUGCCAAGUCCCGGCUGAAGCGACUCUUCGAGCGGCAGUUCCCGAGCGUGCUGCGGAUCUCCUCGGCAGAGAAGCCCGGGGAUGGGAGGGAGAAGGAGAGGGAGGACGACGGCUGCGAGGUGGAGCCGAGCUCCGUGUGCUUGGACAAGAUGGUCGUCAGCUUCAUGGAGGAUGGGGGGAAUGAGCGGCCGCAGCGGAGCCGAUGCAACUGCUUUAAUGUUAACUACGAUGAUAGCUCCGACGACGACUUCGAUUUCCGUGGCAGCGGCGAUCCUCCAGGCGCCGGCGACGCCGCCGAGUUCAUCGAGGGUUUGGUUCUUUGCGCAAGCAUCGCCGAAAGGAAUCUUUUGGCCGAUGCAUCGAAGAUCAUGGAGAAGGCCAAGAAUUGGAAUGGUAAGAGCGAAUGCCGGAGGAUCGUGGUCGACGGACUGCAAUCGCUGGGCUACGACGCUGCCAUCUGCAAGUCUCGGUGGGAUAAAAAUCCCUCCUUUCCCGCCGGGGAGUACGAGUACCUCGACGUGGUGGUCGACGGCGGGGAGCGCCUCCUUAUCGACGUCGACUUCCGGUCGGAGUUCGAGAUCGCCCGGUCCACCAAGUCGUACCGCGCGGUGCUCCAGCACCUGCCGUCGCUCUUCGUGGGCCGGAGCGAGCGGCUGCAGCAGAUCGUCGCCGCCGUCUCGGAGGCGGCGCGGCAGAGCCUGAGGAAGAAGGGCCUCCACGUGCCGCCAUGGCGGAAGCCCGAGUACAUGCGGUCCAAGUGGCUUUCCCCCUACCACCGCACGUCCACCGCCAAGCCCGAGGCUGAACCAGCAAAUGAUCCCCGUUCGACCUCGGCCACGGAACCGAUUCCCGAGCUCGAGAGGGCAGUGGAGGCACCGGGCGGCGGCGACUCCAAAGCGGGGGAGGAGGGUAAGGCCGAGGCUGUGGCGCAGCCGUGGCAGCCACCGCCGGCGAGGCCGAGGUCAGGUGUCAGGGUCGUCGCCGGCUUAGCCGCUGUCCUCUGAGAAGCCUUCCUUAUUUUUGUUCCUUUUUUCUUAUUUUUCCAGUAAAAAAAAGAAAAAAAAAAAGCGAGCGAGUGAGUGAGUGAUAUAUGACGUCUUUUAAGAGUCCAAAUCAUCACUAAGCGUAAUAUAUUCUCCUUUUCUUUAACCCUUUUAAAGGUUUUUUCUUUUUGUAAGAUUUUGGGGGAAAGGAAGCUUAUGCUACUACUGUCGAGAAGAACACUUAAUAUAUGAAGCAUUCAUUAUAUGAAUUA